CUCCAAGCACUCCAUGAAUUAGUACAUAUACACACUACACCAUUUAUUAGUAAGCUAAAAAAAUAAUAAACAUGGACUGCAAAGCUGCUGGACUGCUGGAAACCCCCAGUGAAUCGGAAGUGACCCACUGCACCAUCUCCGCUCUGGACAACAUAACGAUCCAGGAAGAGCAGAGUUCCUCGGGUUUUGAACUUUCAAAGGUUUUCAACCAGCUGGAGGAGAUGAAACAAAGGGUGUUACAUCUGAGGGGCCUACUAAUCCGUCCAGUGCAAGUAAACGAGGCCGAAUGUCCUUCAGAAAGUGACCACAUUAGACAGGACAUUGAGCAGUCCAGCUCGGACAAUGACGAACUGCGAGGAGUGCAACAGGACACAGUUCGAGCUCUCCAGCAGAUCAUCGAAUUGAAUCGGAGACUUAAGGAUUCAACCGACUCUCUGACUGGACUGGACGCAGUAAUCCAGCGAAACAUUCGAUGCAUCAGAAAGUUGGACAAGAAGCUGCUCGAGGUGCCCAAGUGGCAGGAGGAGCUGAAGCACAACACGGGCUUGUGUUUGGAGCGAUACAAUGACCUGGACAUCUCCCGGGGAAACUACCUCGACUACAGCGACAACUUCGUGAGACCCAUCCAAACCAACAUGAAGUUCUGCUUCGCAUCAAAGGCUCCCCUGAAUUGCAAUAAGCAGGAUUACUAUGACUUCGUAGGCGCUUUGAGUAAGUCCCGGAAGACGCUGCUGAAGUGCCACGAGGAGCUGCUGAAGUACACCCAGAACUUGGACGAAGCGCUGACAUUGAAGAACUUCAAUACCCUGGUACUACCAUCCAUAUCGGAGCUAUCGUUGCUGCUGGACAAGAGCACCCAGUUGACCAAGCGCCGGAGAUCAAGUGCCAGGGAGCGAAGAUCCUUCAAGUUCGCGUUGGCUGCUCCUCCGCCAAAGCGGGAAAAAUACACUCGCUCCGUUGAAAGUUUCGAUUGAGAUAAUUGAAAACGCAGUCGACCACAAAAACGCCAAUAUUGUAAUUUAAAGUGCCAUCUAGUUUCGCAUUUUACGGGUGCAAAUGUGCGCAUAAUGAAUAUGCACACGGACAUGCGGCAUAAAACACACAAUGAUCGAGCUAAUUGUGCAAAAAUGUUUUGCAAAUAUUUUGUUAACAAAUUUUGCGGCAUUUUAAGCCACAGAAAUGCAAUUAGCCGUGAAUGUAAUUAACCGACAAAAUGUGAUUGUGCACUGGCCACUCCAACUAAAAUGCUGCAAAAAAUGGCAAAACCACCAAAUGGAUGUGCACUAAAUUUGAAUUAGAAUUUGAAUUUAUAUUACGAGAGUGUUGGCGAAUCGAAAGGGGUUUCCGAUCUGUGGCAAAUCGAUGGCCAGAAUGCCUUUGACACCUUGGCGGAGCUUCAUUUUUGGUUUGACAAGGGUUCACAACUCGGUGGCAAAAGGAAUUUCCCCAUAGAACGGGAGCAACAAGUUUGUCAUGAACGAGACUCCUUCCGGGCCAGAAAUUUCAGCUAUCAAAUUGGGUAAACAACAGCCCGAGCAAAGUUUGUGGCCAAAUUAAUUGAACGGACCUGGACGGAAAGGAAAUGCUUUCCGCACGAAAGUCCUUUCCUCCAGGAGUCUUUACCUUUCACCUUUGACAGGACACUUAAUUCAUCGAGCGAAUGUGAAACCGAAAAUUUAAUUUCAUUAGUGGCCUCCGAGUGUUGAAGGCCGAGUGCUGGGAGGCCUCGUUGGCCUUGAGUAAAACUUUUAUGGCAGCUGCUCAGCAAGGAUACACCGUGUUACGCCCUUUAUUCCCGUAAUUGCGCAUUGGCUGCACAUGUCCUGGCUGCCAACUUCCCGGGUCCAUUGUUCCUUUGUUGCCCGUUUGAAUACCUGGAAUACUUGUGCUCCACUUGCUCACACCUCUGACCCUGCGGCCUAUUCAUACAGUUGAAUGCAUAUGCGCCAAGUUAGGGAGCACAAGAGCACGGAAACUUGCGCAGUUCAAGGGAGGUCCUUUGAAAGAACAUAACUCCCUUGCUAUCUUCGUAUGGUCUUGGGUUUGUUCGAUUCAUUACUGAAUUCACUGCCAAACUUAUCCCACUAACCAGCCCAGUCCAUCGAUCAAUCAGUCAACUCGUAGCGGCCAGCAAAAAAGUUUAUCUGCAAACUAAUUGGAAAUUUUAAUAAAAAUUCUUGCGCUAAAUUACGCUCAACAAUCAAA